GUAAAGUUCAGUAUGCAAGCUCGGAAUGCCAAGGGCGAUGACGGAAUGUUUUGGGGUGAGCGUUGGGUUCGCCGCAAGAAAGACAACAGGUGGCCGGCACGGUAUGUUAUGGAAGAAUAUGUGGCGGACAUCCAUGUCCGAGAAGAUGAAGAUUGGGUACCGGAAGACUUGAAAAGUUCAGAACGCACAUGGGAUAAGUUGGCCCAGGACCUUGCAGAUGAUUUCGUGAAACACGGAAAGCUGAUCUGCGACCCGUUCAAAGCCACGACUUGUCAGGUAGAGGUUGAUAAACCUGAGCAACCUAAGGGUCUGAAGCGUUUCGCCUUGGAGCUUCGUGGCGGACACGAGGCCAUUCCGCACUACUACCAGCAUGACAAGCGUGAUGCAAAGCCGGAGUUCGAACACAGUUCGUUUGACCAUCCAGCAUAUCAUGAGGCCAUGUGGCCAAACACAGGGCGCCGCAUUCAAGGAAGCCCUUGGACGCAUUGCGUUACGAACAAGAAUGGAUACGGAUUCUGGUCCACAAAGACGGAGGAGGCAGGUGAAGGUCGUCAAGGCGGCAAUAGCUGGGAGCCACAGGCACAGCACUCCGCCGCCGCCUCCUCUUCCGCAGUCAAGCCGGGUGAUGCCGCAUGGCAGUGGCAUCAAGACGACAAUGAUCGGUAA